AUGUACAUAGAAAAUAGAUUGGAGAUUGCAGAGCUCAUUGCGGCUAAAGCAUACAAAAACAUGAGUACAUUGCUUCCAAGGCCACCUCCAGACAAUGUAAUUAGUAUUGAGUCAUUCUUCAAUCUGGUAACGAUGGCGCAUAAAUUUGGGCUUCGACAACCAGUCCCUUUAGUUCACCUGCGCAAACUGUCAAAAAAAAAAAUUGACCUGAAAAUAGGUUCUGGUAUAAAGUGCAGUGCGUGCAACCAGCACAGCGAAAUUGUGGCAACAGGAAGAAUUCCCCUCGACAUUGAAGAUGAAACAAACACAAUUGCAAUAGUUGUAUAUGGAAAAGAUGUUGAAGAGCUUUGCGGACAUACUGCAGCUGAAUUAAAAGAUGCUGAGAACUACGUAUUGGUACAUUACAUUUUUUCCACACAUGUUGUGUGCUAUGUGAGGUUAUACCAAACAAACGCCACAAACUACUCAAGUGUAAAGCUCUACAUGGACGAAAUUGAAGGGCUUUUGGAUGAGGAUGAGGUUGAGGAUUCAGCUGAACAGGUAGCUGAGCAGAUAGCUGAGCAGGUAGUUGAACUGGGUGCUUCUGAUGUACAACUAUUCACACCAAGCACUAAGGCUUGUCUCGAAGAAAUUGAAAGCGCUACUAUGAACACAGCUGUACAAGAUGUCGUUAAGCCACCAACAGCGAGCGCCUUGAAAUUUGGAAACAUAAGUGCAGCUUCAUCUUUCAAUCCUCCGCCAAACAUAGCUGAUGAAGAUGCAUCCUACAGCAAUGAUGAUAGUGCGGCUGCUUCAGCCGCACCCUCUAGUACAAUGAAAAAACCUCGCACCUAG